GCGGCGUCGUGGGUCUCCAGCAGCAGCGGCAGCAGCGGCGCCUCUGUCGGUGCGAUGGCUGCGCUCGCCGUGGGGAGAUAUCGGCCAGUGCUGUUGCACUAGACGCGAGUGCUGUGUGCAUGCACACGCGUGAGCACACACGCACACGCGUGAGCACACACAUGCACAGACUCUGAGAUCGCGACGACCGUGCAAGGAAAUCCGAGGAUGGAGGCAUCACUGAGCGAUGUGUCGGUGACACCGUUGCCUUCGAGACCGGCGUCAUUGCAACUUUGAUGCUGCUGCUGCUGCUGCUGGCGGUGAUGCCGAAGAUGAUGACGAGAAUGGCGAUGGCGAUGAUGAUGAUGAUGAGAGUCCUGGAUUCACCACUUACAACCGCCGCCGUCAAGGACCCCGCGAGUUGCGUCUCCCCGGGCGCUGGAGGCGCACGCUGGCCGGGCUCCCGGGCGUCUCUACCCCGACGGCCGCGGUAGCCUCCGCCCCGAGGUCUGUGAGCAGCACGCUCCACCACUCGCUCACUCGCCUGCGCGCUCGCUGAACACGCCCGCCGAGCGAGCCGCCGCCUGCCGCCUGCCUGCCGGACGCGAUGCUCCUGCUGCUGCUGCUGCCCAGCCUGGCCGCCGCGGUCGCUCUUCUCGCUGGCCGGGGCAGCCACGCGGCCGCCCCUCGCUCCUGCCCGGCUCCCUGCACGUGCGCGGGGGAGGUGGUGGACUGCAGUGGCCGAGCCAUCGCCUCCUUGCGGCCGGGCAGCGUCUCCUUGCCUCGCUACGCCAGCGUGCUCGACCUGAGCCACAACCUGCUGCACAAGCUGCAGCCUGGCUGGCUCUCGGGCUCGGCGGCUCUCAGCCGGCUCAGCGUGGCUCACUGCCGGCUCAACUUCAUAGCGCAGGGCGCGUUCAGCACGAUGGGGCAUCUGCAGCACCUGGACCUCUCCUCCAACCGGCUGGGCUCGCUGGAGGCGGACACGCUGGAGGGGCUGCCGGCGCUGGAGGUGCUGCUGCUCUACAACAACUCCAUCUCGCGGCUCCACGCGGCGGCCUUCGCGCCCAGCCCGCUGCUGCGCGCCGUCUACCUGAGCCACAACGCGCUGCUCCGCGUGCCCGCCGACACCCUGGCGUCCAUGCCGCGGCUCUCGCUCUUCGACGUUUCCUUCAACCGCGUCGCCUCCGUGCCCGUGCAGGAGCUCAACUCGCUGCCGGCUCCGCUGCGGGACGGGCUGCUCCUGCACGGCAACCCGCUCGAGUGCGAGUGCCAGCUCUACCUGCUGCUCGCCUCGUGGCGCAGGAGACGCUUCCGCUCGGUCACGGAGUUCGCGGACGGGGAGAUGCGCUGCGCCAGGCGGCCCAACGGCACGGCGCCCGCCCCGGCCGCCGUAGACCUCCUGCGAGCUCGCCCCGAGGAGCUGGGCUGCUCCCAGACCGGCGGCGGCGACGUUUUCCGCGCCUCCUACAGAGCCCACCUCACCGACGUGCUCACCGUCCCGUGCGACGUGCUGGUCGUGGGCCAGAGCGGCACCGAGUACGAGUGGCUCACGCCCUCCCGCACCCUCGACUCGGUCCGCAUCCUCCCGGGGGGAGCUCUAGAAAUCCGCGCCCUGGAGCCCGACAAGCUGUCGGGCGAGUACACGUGCCGGGCGUGGAACGCGCGCCUCCGCAUCAACGACUCGGUGACGGUGAACGUCACCGUGCUGGACACCACGCCGCCCGAGAGCUUCAGCACGGGCCUCACCACCCUGAUCGCGUGCAGCGCCACGCUGCUCAUGGUGCUCCUCUACCUCUACCUGACGCCCUGCGGCUGCAGGCGACACGCGCAGCACCGCAGGCGCGAGCACGCACAGCCGCGGCCACGCUGCUGCUGCUGUAGCAGCAGUAGCUGCAGCAGCUACAGCUGCUUGCGCUGCUGCGGUCACAACGAUGACGACGCUGCUGCUGCUGGCUGUUAUGGUCCGUGCAGUCACGGUGGUGGUGGCGGCGGUGACGGUGGUACGGUGGCGGAUGACUGUUGUCAAUUUGGCCACUCAAUGCACGCCGGUGGCAGCGGUGGUGGCGGCGCGCUCGCCGGUGGAGGCCGAAUGCCGUCGCACGCCGCCAAGAGCCGGGCCCCCGGCCACUCGGCGUUGCUGGGGCCGGGGAGCUCGUGUCCCGGCACCGGGGCCAAGCACGUGGCCUUCCGGGAGCCGGCGGCCGCGUCGUCGCACAACGGGAGCGCGGGGGCGGCGCGCCUCGUGCGCACCAAACCCGACUCGGAGUCGGCGAGCUCCGUGCACUCGGACGCUGCCGCCGCCGCCGCCGCCGCCGCGCGCGACAGCUGAACCCUCCCGGGGCGCCGCCACCUGCCGCCUGGCGCGCACGCGGCCCGCGCGCUCAACACGCGGUGACGUCGUCGUGGUGGUGGCGGUGGUGGUGGCAAGGCGGUGGUGGUGGUGGCAAGGCGUUGGUAAAUGGCGCGGCGAGGCGCGCAUCACUGGAGUGUGUACACUGGAGUGUGUACACUGGAGUGUGUACACUGCAGUGCGUACACUGGAUCGACUUGCGUGUUGGGCAAUGGCCACUGAUUGGGGCUGUCCCGAAACGUCAGCCUGCCGUGUACACUCCUCUUUUGGCAUAUGGCUGUGUUCAUGACGAAUGUGACGAGUUUACGGUGUGUGUGGUGUGUGUGUGUGGUGUGUGUGUGGUUUGUGUGUGUGGUGUAUGUGGUGUGUGUGUGUGUGGUUUGUGUGUGUGGAGUGUGUGUGUGGUUUGUGUGUGUGGUGUGUGUGGUGUGUGGUUUGUGUGUGUGGUGUGGUGUGUGUGGUGUGUGUGUGUGGUUUGUGUGUGUGGUUUGU